CUACAGCCAAAUCCCCUUUAACUCUCCGUUGAGUCCAUGCAGGCGCUGCGGUGUGCCACGCGCUCCUGCGCUCUGAUUACCCGCCAGCUGGGCUCAGGGAGACGGCGGGACGGAGUGCAUUAAGGUAUAACUGGCGGCCCUGCACAACAGACUGCGAUGGCAAGAUUCCAUCGAACAUGGUUCGCCUGGCCAUGAAAGUCUCGCUUCUCGCGGCCUUGGUGCUUUCUCCUGCUGCGGCAGUGUCCGCCGAGACAUGUCGAUGUGGCCCGGACGACAGCUGCUGGCCCCCGCCGACCGCAUGGGCCGCGCUGAACUCGCGCACCGAUGGCCGCCUCAUCAAAUCCACCCCGCUGGCAGAGUCCUGCUAUCCAGGCCCAAAGGAGGAUCGCGCGCAGUGCGACUAUGUCCGCGCAAACUGGCCCGUUCAAGCGUUCCACGUCGCCCAGCCGCUCGGCCUCGCGCACCCGUGGGACCUCACGUGUCCGCCUGUUGACUAUGCCGCGGGCGAGAGCGCGGGGUCGUGCUCGCUGGGGCAGAAUCCGCGGUAUGCGGUGAAUGUGACGGCGGUGGAGCAUAUCCGGGCUGCGCUGGCGUUUGCGGCAAGGCGGAAUGUGAGGCUGGUUGUUAAGAGUACGGGGCAUGAUUUGCUGGGGCGGUCGGAUGGGUAUGGGAGUCUUGAGCUUUGGUUGCAUUAUUUUCGCAGUGGCAUUGGGUUUCAAUCGAAGUAUGCUUCGUCGGAUAAGUGUGCGGAAUCUGGGUGGAAGGAGAGUGCUAUCAAGAUUGGCGGGGCGUAUCAGUGGAUCGAUGUCUAUGUUGUGGCUAAGCAGAAUAACGUCAUUGUUGUUGGUGGAGGUGCUCCGUCUGUGGGUGCUGUGGGUGGAUGGAACACAGGGGGCGGACAUGGCCCUGCUACCAGAAACUACGGCAUGGGCGCCGACCAGAUCCUCGAAGCGGAGGUCAUGCUCGCCAACGGACGCAUCGUCACAGCCAGCGCCUGCCAGAACACUGACCUCUACCGAGCUCUCCGCGGCGGCGGCCCAGGCUACGGCGUGAUCCUGAGCAUGACCGUAAAAGCCCACCCCAACGUCCACGUCGUGUCCGUGCAACGCCUCGAGCUCGCGCCCAAAACCGCCAACGCAUCCGCCGUCCUCGACGCCGUAACCCUCAUGUUCCAAAGCCUCCCCGACCUCAACGACGCCGGCUUCGCAGGCUACGCCUACUGGGCCAUCAACGCCUACGCGCCGCUCUUCGGCAACACCACUGCCGGCUACCACCACUCCUUCUGGAACAUCGGCAACACCACCGCCACCGCCCGCGCCGCCUUCGCCCCCAUCCGCGCCCGUCUCAACGCCCUCAACGCCACCAUACAUAUCUCAGAGUCCUACACAGAAUACCCCGACUACUGGUCCAUGUACGCCGCCGAAUCGUCCCUCAACGACCCCGUCGGGACCCCCGCCGCGCUCUCCUCGCGGCUGCUAGACCGCGCCUCCGUGUCCAACACCCCGCUGCUACGCAGCACGCUGGCCACCAUCAUCGGGCCCGCGGAGGAAUUCGGCCAGAACACCGUACUCCUUGUCACGCGCCCGCGCGCCCCGGAUGCGUUCUCUGGCCUGCACCCCGCGUGGCACACAUCGCACUUCCUGAGCAUUGUGGGGCGCGGGUGGCCUGCGGGGAGUCCCGCGGAGGUGCAGGCGUAUAUCCGCAGUGAUGUGACGAAUGUCAAGGGUAAGGCGUUGAAGGAGUUAGCGCCGCAUACGGGGGGGUAUGUGAAUGAGGGCGAUCGACUGGAUGGGGAGUGGCAGCGGACGUUUCAUGGGAAGGGGUAUGCGGGGCAUUUGAAGACGAAGCGGAGGGUGGAUCCGGAGGGGUUGUUUUACUGUGCUGUUUGUGUGGGGAGUGAGGGGUGGAUUGAGCGAGCGGAUGCGCCGCUUUGUCGGGUGUAGGUGGGCAACUGGUGAUGGGGAUGGAGAAUGGAAGGAGGGAGAAGUGUGGUUUCUGGUUCGCUGUAGUUAGUACGUCUGCUGAAUCUCAUAAGGAAAGAGCAGAGAAUUCUGCAUCAUGUUUUGAAAGUGUGUUGCGCCGCAGAAGCACGCGACAAUUUAUAAUUCUUGAAUGGCCUUAACAAAUAAUAAAAGCG